UUCGACCGAGGACCUCAGCGGUUGCCCGUGGUGCAUGCAACAAAUCGUCGGUUGCCCUCCUGGGCUCGGUUCGGCCAGCCACAUUUCUGGUGGGAGAAUGAACGCAGCCGCCUCCUUCAGAUGUGCCCCUACGGGUCCUGACCCACUCUGGAGGUACCUUACAGAGCAUGACCCCAAGUAUGAAGGGAAGAAGAAACUGAAGAUCUCCGGCAGAGAGCUGGCAGCAGUUCCUGAGCAGGUCUUUGGCCUGGACCAGCUGCAGGUCCUGGAGAUGAGCCCAGAACGAGAGAGCUGCCUGAGGCACCGGCUGGAGCUGCUCCCCCGAGACAUCAGCCGCCUGAAGAACCUCACCCUCCUUUACAUGGACUCCAACAACCUGAAGGCCAUUCCUGCCGAAAUCGGCUCUCUGAGGCACUUGGAGAGGCUCACCCUGAGCAACAACCGCCUGAGCUCCCUGCCCCCUGAAAUGGCGGCGCUUCAGAGGCUGCGCAGCCUCCACCUGGCCAACAACGACCUGGCCGAACUGCCUGCCCCCCUCUGCCAGCUGAGGGGCCUCACCUUUCUGGACGUGAGCGACAACAAAAUCCGCACAAUCCCCUCCGGCAUCCGGCAUCUGGAGAAACUGGAAACGUUGCUGUUGCUCUUCAACUCCCUGGAGAGCCUGCCUGAGGGUAUCUGUGUUUUAAGGAACCUGCACACGCUGUGGCUGGGAAACAACUGUUUACGGGCCCUUCCGGCAAGAUUUGGGGAGCUGGUGAACUUGGACUGGGGAUGCAAUUACUGCUCGUGCAAUUUUGAGGGGAAUCCGCUGGAAAGUCCUCCCCCUGAAGUCUGCAGCAGAGGCCCUGAGGAGAUCAGAGACUACUUCUUUUCGCUUCGUAGGGUGCAGAGAGAAUAG